GAGACACAAGUGGACGAACAAAACGUAUCAGGCGCAUUGCUGGAGGCAGGAAUGGGAUGAGAUUCUGAGAAUGCGAUCAGGAGAAUUCGCAGAGGAGAUAUUUUACAGAGACGCAACAGUGAGGUAGGUGCGCGUCAGGUUUGCUUAUUGCUGAACUGCCCGGGGACUGGAGAGAGAGAGGCGGUAGGUAGGUAGGCGACUGGAAGCUCGAGAAACACCUGCUUGGCAACAGGUACCAGUACCUCCAAAGACUGAUAAGGAUGACAUCUAUUUAUUUUUCAUUAAUUGUGAACAGCAUAACGGAUGACAAAUCUGAAACAUUCUGGAAUGGAAAAAUCGUUUUCAAGUGUCAUAAAUUAUUAGGGGAGUAAUCAACAAAACAUUAAACUAAAUGAGCAAGAGGAUAUAACAGUUCAGUAGAGAGUAACUCUGAAGUUCCUUUUAAAGGGUCAAGAUGGAUUUUUACAGAAGAAUGGCGUCCCUGUACUUCCAGUGUGGAUUCUGAUCCAUAAUGGCCAACCUUGCUCUAUAGAAACAUUAUAACUCCUUUACAACUCAUGAUCUGGAAUGGACCACCACCUAAAUUUGACCACCAUCAUUCAAAUGCCAUCAAGUGCUGGAGACGGGGCUUGCUCAGUGGGCACGGUGGGUCACUGAUACCAGGGACCCAGAACUCUUCCCAAUGAAGGUGUCCUCCUGGUGGGAAAGCCUGGCACGGCUUGGCCUGCUCGCUAUCUUCACAUGGAGCUCCCUGGUCCAGGGGUGCGGGCCAGGCCCUGGGUAUGGCAACCGCCCUAGGCCCAGGAAACUCACCCCCAUGCCUUACAAGACCUCCUUCCCCAAACUUUCCGAGAACAACCUAGGUGCCAGCGGGAGGGUGGAGGGCAAGAUCACACGUAACUCAGAACGCUUUAAUGAACUGGUGUGUAACUACAACACUGAUAUUAUCUUCAAAGAUGAGGAGAAAACCCUUGCUGACCGCUUCAUGACCAAGCGCUGUAAAGACUGCCUCAACAAACUAGCCAUAGCGGUGAUGAACCACUGGCCUGGGACGAAGCUGAGGGUGACAGAGGCCUGGGAUGAGGAUGGCCAUCACCCCCCUGACUCUCUUCAUUAUGAGGGACGGGCCGUGGACAUCACCACGUCAGACCGCAUCCCAGACAAGUAUGGCAUGCUAGCCCAGCUGGCUGUGGAGGCUGGCUUCGACUUUGUGUACUAUGAGUCCAAGUACCAUGUGCAUUGCUCCGUCAAAGCUGAUCACUCAGUGACGGUGGAGAAGGGGGGCUGUUUCCCAGGCUGGGCCCGGGUGACCCUGGCCGGAGGGGAACAGAAGACCCUGGCCUCCCUGGAGCCUGGAGACAGAGUGUUGGCCCUGUCCGGGUCAGGACACAUCGUCCUCAGCCGCGUCCUUCUAUUCCUACACCAAGACCAUGAGAGCAGGUCCACUUUCCUGGUCCUGGCCACAAAAGAUGGCCGCCGCCUAGCCCUCACUCCCCACCACCUGGUCUUCCUUGCCCCCCAAUACAAACUCCACCACAGUGAGUACCAGGCUCAGUUUGCCAGUAGAGCCAAACCGGGGGACUAUGUACUCAUCCAUGGAGCGGACGGCCGAGUACAACCAUCCAGGAUCUCAUCUGUAUCGCAGGAGGAAGGGAUGGGUGUAUACGCACCCCUUACAGAACACGGCACUCUGUUUGUGGGUGGGGUGCUGGCAUCCAGCUAUGCACUUAUAGAGGACCAUAGACUGGCACACUGGGCGUUUGGGCCUCUGAGACUGCUGCUGUCAUUCACCCAGCUGGUUUGGGGGGAGGGCACACUGGGAGCGCAGGUCACAGAGGCAGAGAGAGAGCACACGAAGACGCCCACUCACUGUAACACUCAACAGAAGAGCCUGAGAGUUUGUGUGAAUCAGACACUCAGAAGCCCAGGCGUGUACAUGAAUACAAAUACUUCAGACAGACAAAGCAGUUGGGCUGCUGUACCCAUAAACAGAGACAUUGAGGGAGGACACUGUGACUCUGUGCAAGAAAAGGUUUUGAGUGUACACUGGUAUGCUAGGCUGUUACACAGGCUUGGACAGUUCUUUCUAGACCCUAAGACAUUUCAUCAUUAGGUUAAAGGCACUAUAGGUUCAACUCUGGUGCCUGUAUACUACUGAUAAUUUCUACUGUACUCUUACAUUUCCACAGUGUCCAACUGAUAAUUGCUACUGGACUGUUACAUUUCCACAGUGUCCAACUGAUAAUUGCUACUGUACUGUUACAUUUCCACAGUGUCCUACUGAUAAUUGCUACUGUACUGUUACAUUUCCACAGUGUCCUACUGAUAAUUGCUACUGUACUGUUACAUUUCCACAGUGUCCAACUGAUAAUUGCUACUGGACUGUUACAUUUCCACAGUGUCCUACUGAUAAUUGCUACUGUACUGUUACAUUUCCACAGUGUCCAACUGAUAAUUGCUACUGUACUGUUACAUUUCCAGUGUCCAACUGAUAAUUGCUACUGUACUGUUACAUUUCCAGUGUCCAACUGAUAAUUGCUACUGUACUGUUACAUUUCCAGUGUCCAACUGAUAAUUGCUACUGUACUGUUACAUUUCCACAGUGUCCUACUGAUAAUUGCUACUGUACUGUUACAUUUCCACAGUGUCCUACUGAUAAUUGCUACUGUACUGUUACAUUUCCACAGUGUCCUACUGAUAAUUGCUACUGUACUGUUACAUUUCCACAGUGUCCAACUGAUAAUUGCUACUGUACUGUUACAUUUCCAGUGUCCUACUGAUAAUAGCUACUGUACUGUUAUAUUUCCACAGUGUCCUACUGAUAGUUGAUACUGUACUGUUACAUUUCCACAGUGUCCUACUGAUAAUUGCUACUGUACUGUUACAUUUCCAGUGUCCAACUGAUAAUUGCUACUGUACUGUUACAUUUCCAGUGUCCAACUGAUAAUUGCUACUGUACUGUUACAUUUCCAGUGUCCAACUGAUAAUUGCUACUGUACUGUUACAUUUCCAGUGUCCAACUGAUAAUUGCUACUGGACUGUUACAUUUCCACAGUGUCCUACUGAUAAUUGCUACUGUACUGUUACAUUUCCAGUGUCCUACUGAUAAUUGCUACUGUACUGUUACAUUUCCAGUGUCCUACUGAUAAUAGCUACUGUACUGUUACAUUUCCACAGUGUCCUACUGAUAAUUGAUACUGUACUGUUACAUUUCCACAGUGUCCUACUGAUAAUUGCUACUGUACUGUUACAUUUCCAGUGUCCUACUGAUAAUUGCUACUGGACUGUUACAUUUCCACUAAUGCUCCUAUUUUUUCUUCUGCCCUGUCUUUUACUACAAUUUUAAACCUUAUGCAUCCCGAAAGGGUAUAUUUGCAUCUUACUCACCGGUAAUUGCAUUGUAAUGUAUUAAUAUUGUAUCUCCUCUUUUCCAUUCAGUAAAUGUGUUGACGGUUGGGUCGGGUGCAUGUAGAAUCGGACUGUCUUCAAAGAUAAUGUGUUUUAGAAGGCUUUUAUACAAGUUCAUUCCUGAGAGAUGAAUGGACUCGCCAUAGUAACGGAAUCAGCAUGUGCAUUGUCAAGAAUCCAUUGUAUAUGUAUCUUAUUUAGAUAACAUCUACAGUAUAAGCCAACAUACAAUGUGGGUUUCCUAUAGGCUUUAUUAUUCUAAAACAAUGAGGAAAUAUGAGUAUGUGCCAGAAACAAUAAAAGCUUUAUUUUUGUACCUUCUGAAUCAUAAUAUAUAAAUGUAGCAAUUUAUUGUAAUUACUAUAACUAAGGCCUCAUUUGUUAUGUUGUCUUUUAAAAGUGUAAUUAAACAAAUAAUCAUGCAUUAUUGUGUAAGGUCAACCCUGCUUGUGUUCCUGUUUUACAUGUAGAUUCUCUCCGUU